AUUAUAUUAUAUAUUGAAUUUCCAAAAAUUGCAUCAUCUGAACCAAUUAAAGUACUUUCUUGUCCCAAUAAAUUUUGUGGUAAAUAGUUGACACGCUUGUUGUUCGGACGCCUCUAAUUCACCAUUGUAUUGGAAGAAAAAUUCCGAGAGACGAAAUCAUGGAGGAAAGUGUGGAAAAAGAAAUCGAAAAAAAUGCUGUUCCCAAUUUAUUGUAUCCAGAAUUGAUGUCAGUUGGCGAUUUGAUUUCAGUUUUAGAUCAAAGAUACAUACAAAAUGAAGACUUGUCAUCACUAUGCAAGGAAGGCUUAGUAGAACUCUAUUAUAGAUAUGUUUUACCACUUCCUCAGAGGAAAUAUCGUAUGAACAGACGGGGACGGGAGAUGACCAAGAAACAGGUGAUAAUGGCAAAGAAGAGAAAGAUGGCAAUUAAAGAUGAUAAUGAACCACCAAAAAAGAAAUCAUCUGUUGAUUCGAAUUCAAGAUUUAUUUCAUCCUACAAUAUUUCAUCUGCUGCUAGUGAUCGACUGAAGCCUCCUCCAUCUUGUAUAGACUUUACCAAGAAGAAAAUUUCAUUAUGUUCUAAGAACAAAACUGAGCAGAGUUUAACAGCAAAGCUUGAGAAAACUAAUUUAAAUAAUGAAAGCAAAGAUACACAAACAUUACGAAAGAAAAUUAUAAAAAUUACAUUAAAUUCAUCGUCAACAGAGAAUGACAAAAUUGUAUCACCUGACAUGCCAAAGAAAAUUAAACUCAACUCAUCAACUUGUAGUGACAUAAAUGAAGAAAAUCAGAAAUUGAAGAAAAUUAAAUUGAAUUCACCAACUUCUCCAAAUAAAGUAGCAAGUUUUCAGUCAUCUGUCAGUCUUAUCAACAAACAUUUGGGUGGAAAAACAGACCUAAACAGUAAAGAAGAGCAGACUACAGUCAACAAUAAAUCAGAAAAUACAAAGCCAAUUCCAUCAACAGAAGAAUCAGCAAAGAAGAAGUCUAAGAUAAGCAGAGUUUCAUGGCCAUAACAACUUAUAUUUUAAGCAUAAAUAUAGAAACUUACACAUUAUAGAUGGGUUCAAGGUUAUGUAGUACUUAUUUUUUUCCAUUUGGUUGUUGUACUUGGUAAAUAGGUUAUUAUAAAGCAAAGGACACAUUUGGAAGAAUAUAAAUGAAUUUCAUUACUUAUGGAGUGAUGUUCUCUUUAAGCAACUUACUUAAAAUUAACAUUAAUAUGUGAAACAUAAAUCAAGAUAAACCAAGAAGCCGCUUGUUUUAUCUUUUUACAUGCAGAACAAAUGUUUUAUACAAAACUAUUGACAAGUUUCCCAAAGUACUUACUUAAAUAAAAACUUGCCUAAACAAAUGUGUUAAAUAAAGCUUAAUAUGAAAUUGAAGGUUUACUGAGGAAUAGAUGACCAUUUUCAUCAUGUUCAUCUUUGAUGAUAUACAGUCCUUUUUCAGUUUUCAAUUUUAAGCAUUUUUAAUUUGCAUUUAAAUCAACUUUGUAUUUUCAUCAUGUUUUUGACAGUCAGAUUAUUAUAUAUAUGGUAAUUCUAGUAUCCUGCUUACUCAUUUCAAAUAAUGAGUAUUGACUCUCUGAAUAUAUGUCUUCAUACUUUUAAAUAAAAGGGGUUAGCACUACACUAUCAAUGACAAAAUCUGAAAACUGUUUGUGUUUAAAAAUACAAUGAUUUGUCACAAAAAACAUAUAUAUUGGACUCCCCUUCUUUGUUUUAACAUCAUAAAUAUCACUACUCCAAAGUAGAAGAUAAAAUUGAGAAUAGAAAUGAGGAAUAUGUCAAAGAGACAACAACCCGACCAAAGAGCAGACAACAGCCGAAGGCCACCAAUGGGUCUUCAAUGCAACAAGAAAAUCCCGCACCCGGAGGUGGUCCUCAGCUGGCCCCUAAAUAAAAUUGUGUACUAGUUCAGUGAAAAUAGACGUCACACCAAACUCCAAAACACACAAAUGAACUAAUAUUAAAAAACAUACAAGACUAACAAAGGCCAGAGUAUACACAUGUAUUGCAAAAUAUGAAAAUAGGAUUGCUGGGUUGAUUCCACAUUUAUUCAUAUUCCUUCUAACAUGUCUAAAAUGAACAAACAAACCAUACAUAAUAUAAAUUUUACUACAAAAUUGUUUGAAACUUAUAUUGUAAUGAAUUAACCAAAAUCAACUGAAAUUGAUUUAUGUAUUCUAAAACACAUUCAUGUUAUGUUUGACACUUUGCAUGGUCUUAUUCUGGAGAGCUGAUUCAGUAUGAUCAAUGGAUUAAGUUGUACCAGCAGUUGACCUUUGACUUCUAUUCAUCGAACUAUUAUCAGCAUCCUCCAUAUUAGCUCCAGUGCUACUAUUUGCAGUUUACUUGUGUGAUAACUCUUGUAUUUAAGAAUAGAAAUCAGCUUUUCAUGUGGUCUGAUGCUUCCAAAUGUUUCUCUACCCCUCAUCAAUAGACUAUGAUAAUGGUGAUUCUGUAUCACGAGAAUCCUCAAUUUUUUCUUACUUUUUUUUUUAGUAUCUUCUAUCAUCUCUGGAACAUGUUGGACUUCGAUCAUCCUUGCUGGUUUUUCCAUAGUUCCACUAUCCUCGUUGCAAGCUAUUACAGGAAGUUGUUGUAAAAGUAUUACCAUACAAUAUCCUCAUCUUUGAUAUCCUGUAUAUUAAGGAGAUUAGCUGUUCAUCUUAUAUUUGAUCACAUGCCUCAUUUGGGUUAAUAUUAGUCACUAUCUAUCAUGCAUAUAAAAUAUCUCUCCUAUAUACAUUCUAAGUAUUUUAAGUUCACAAUGCAAAUUUAAAGCAUCCUCAGUGCUCACAAACACUUUGAUUAUUGUAAAUUAUUCUUAGAUUGUUGAAGACUUUUCUUGAUUGAUGUCUUGAAUCUUUUCAUGGUAUCAUCUUGCUUAGCACCAGAGUUCAUCCCCUUGGAUGGUUCAUGUUGUUCAAGCUUUAGUUUCAUUCCUUAGCACCAGAGUUCAUCCCUUCGGAUGGUUCAUGUUGUUCAAUCUUUAGUUUCAUUCCUUAACACCAGAGUUCAUCCCCUCGGAUGGUUCAUGUUGUUCUAUCUUUAGUUUCAUUCCUUAGCACCAGAGUUCAUCCCCUCGGAUGGUUCAUGUUGUUCAAUCUUUAGUUUCCUUGAAGUGAUUUGUGGAUUUGUCUUUUCGUCUUUAUUUUUCAAACAUGGUGUUGUUUGUUCAUCAACAAUUUAUGAAACCCAAUUAUUAAAACAAAUCAAGUACCUAAAAAUUAUCUUGUUAAAUAAUCCUUGCUCAUCAUAUUUUGUUUUUUGUAACUUUUCCUCGGUAAUGAACAAUUCAAAUACGAGCUUUGUGUUGAAAAUCGGAAACGAACUGUAUUGAGAUGUCUUAACUCAAGGAGAAUUUUAAUUGUUGACAUGUAUGAGGACAAAAAAAAAACAGAUUUUCUAGAAAAGUUUGUUUUUAUUAUUGCAAAAAUGUGACAGGAUAAGUAAACCAGAAAUAAGAACUAGCCUUGUAAAUUCUGUAAGCAUUAUUUCCUAAAAUUGUAUUUAUUAACCUCACAUUUUGUUUGUCUUUGACCAUUUAUAAAUUAUAUGCAGCAUUAUUUCUGAAUCACAGUAAUUUAUUUUGUAUUUGAGUAUUUGUUUCAUAUUUUAACACAUUUUCCUAAACUUGUAAACAUUGGUUGAGGUUUAUAAGGCAACAUCAUUUUUGUCGAGCCUGCGACUUUUGUCGCAGAAAGCUCGACAUAGGGAUAGCGAUCCGGCGGCGGCGGCGGCGGCGGCGGCGUUAGCUAACUUCUUAAAAGCUUUAUAUUUUAGAAGAUGGAAGACCUGGAUGCUUCAUACUUUGUAUAUGGAUGCCUCAUGUUACGAAGUUUCCGUCAGUCACAUGUCCAAUGUCCUUGACCUCAUUUUCAUGGUUCAGUGACUACUUGAAAAAAAAGUUCAGAUUUUUUGUAAUGUUAAAUUCUCUCUUAUUAUAAGUAAUAGGAUAACUAUAUUUGGUAUGUGCGUACCUUGCAAGGUCCUCAUGCCCGUCAGACAGUUUUCACUUGACCUCGACCUCAUUUCAUGGAUCAGUGAACAAGGUUAAGUUUUCGUGGUCAAGUCCAUAUCUCAGAUACUAUAAGCAAUAGGUCUAGUAUAUUGGGUGUAUGGAAGGACUGUAAGGUGUACAUGUCCAACUGGCAGGUGUCAUCUGACCUUGACCUCAUUUUCAUGGUUCAGUGGUUAUAGUUAAGUUUUUGUGUUUUGGUCUGUUUUUCUUAUACUGUAUGCAAUAGGUCUGCUAUAUUUGGUGUAUGGAAUGAUUGUAAGGUGUACAUGUCUAGCUGGCAGGUGUCAUCUGACCUUAACCUCAUUUUCAUGGUUCAGUGGUCAAAGUUAAGUUUUUGAGUUUUGGUCUUUUUUUCUAAUACUGCAUGCAAUAGGUCAGCUAUAUUUGGUGUAUGGAAUGAUUGUAAGGUGUACAUGUCUAGCUGGCAGGUGUCAUCUUACCUUGACCUCAUUUUCAUGGUUCAGUGGUCAAAGUUAAGUUUUUGAGUUUUGGUCUUUUUUUCUAAUACUAUAAGCAAUAGGUCAACUAUAUUUGUUGUAUGGAAGAAUUGUUAGCUGUACAUGCCUGCCUAGCAUGGUUCAUCUGACCUUGACCUCAUUUUCAUGGUUCAUUGGUCAAUGUUAAGUUUUUGUGUUUUCGUCUGUUUUUCUUAAACUAUAAGCAAUAGGUCAACUAUAUUUGUUGUAUGGAAGAAUUGUUAGCUGUACAUGUCUGCCUAGCAUGGUUCAUCUGACCUAGACCUCAUUUUCAUGGUUCAUUGGUCAAUGUUUAGUUUACUUGGUUAAUGUUAAGUUUAUGUGACAGUUGUAAUAAAGCUUUAUAUUUAGGACUAUCAACAUAAUAUCAAUGAUUAGUAAAGAAGGCGAGACAUUUCAGCGUGUGCACUCUUGUUAUGUCAUUAUUAAGAUAAAUAUAUAUUUAUAUGUACAUACAAUGUCAUUUUUGGCAAAUGAAGUUAUUUUGUGUGAGACACAUAAAACAGUUAAUAUAUGGUGCAGCAUAUUUUUAUAAAAUGAAUAAAUGAGAUUUCAAACAAGA